AUGGCGGAGUUCAUCAGAGCUUACAGCGGCAACGGAACCCGAUCUGAGCCCCUUUACAAAACCAAAACAGGCUACUAUGAAAUCCUGGAGGUGUCCCCUACCGCCACUCAAGUCCAGAUAAAAACAGCCUACUACAAGCAGUCCUUCGUCUACCACCCGGAUAGAAACGCCAACAGUGAGCACGCCACUGUCCGCUUUUCUGAGAUCAGCGAGGCCUACACCGUGCUGGGCAAUAAGGCACUGCGGAAGAAAUACGACCGGGGUAUGUUGAGUCAGUCGGACCUUAUGUCAACAACCAGACACUCCGCCAAGGACACAGGGAGCUCCGCGAAACAGACAACCGAAAGUCGACGGUCUGUGGUGGGCGCAGACAGCCGGGGAGACGUCUUUGAUUUCGACAAGUUUAUCAAGGCCCACUACAACGAGCAGCUGCAGAGGGAAAGAGAUAUCCGAGUCCGAAAAGAGGAGAUGCUUAGGAAGAAGCAGGAGACGAUUGAGGAGAAGAAGAUGGGAAGGAUGAUGGAGAUGGGAGUUGCGGUGCUGAUAGCUAUGGCCGUGGGAAUACUGGCCAAUUUAAAGCGGUGA